UCAGCCGCUGGCGAUAAUGCUUGAAUAUGUUUACUUUGACUUCAAGCUGUUUGGCGUCGACGAUUUGCGUGUCAGCUCGCUUUCUGAUUUCUUGCUGCAAAUUAACGAUUACAACUGCAAAGGAUUCCACGAUGUAAUUAAUCAUACGGCAGUGGAAAUGAUACAGGGACUGGCGUAUCUCCACGGAAAAGGAAUUGCCCAUAGAGACUUAAAACCAGCCAACAUACUAGUGUGCAAUCGUCACUACAACACAUUAUCCGACGCACAGGAAAUCGCUUUGCAGUUUCAAUCGCGGCCUAUAGCGUGCAAGCUCACGGACUUUGGAGAGAGCCGCUCGUUGCUAAUGCAAACGCAAAGCGUUCUUGCCUCGAACACGAGGAACGUAGAUCGAGGAACGGUGAUGUACAUGGCCCCUGAAAUUCUUGUCGAGGAUCUUCGGAUUUCUCGCGCAAGUAUUUUCGAUUUAAUACUAGCAGAUCUAUGGGCCCUGGUAAUGGUGUUCUUUUCAUUGAUUAACCCUAGCCUGAAAUGUCCCUAUUUAGUCGAGGUUCGAUCAGAAGGAAAUAUCGGCUGUCAAGAUGAACUUAAAAGAUUCAUCAGUUCUCUACUGCGCAGAGGAAAACAUCCCUUACCAGAUGAAAAGUAUGAAGUCGAACGUGCUACUGUGUGGUGUGCCUUAGAGGAGGUGUACAAGGGAUGCGUCAACUUCAACCGGCAGAGUCGAUUGUCCUUAGACAAAGCAGCGACCAUCUUAAGUAGAGAGGAAAAAGACUUCGACGUCAUCCCAUUAAAGAUCAGCCAAGCUACUGCUGUAGAACAGUUUGAUCAGAAACUUGCCACUUACCUCCACGAAGCUGGUCACGAAGAGGCAUUGCAGGUGGGAUCCGUCCUGAGCAAUGAUGGAACCAACGCAUGCGCUUUUCUGUCUGUGAAGAUCGUAGACACGAUCCUGACAGAAAUCGGAACAGAAGGUGAUGUUUUCGCAAAAGUAGCUGGUACUACGGAAGACACCAUAUGGCUUUUACCUGACAAAAUAAAUCCGUUUCGCGACCUUAGUAAAAUGUACGAUCCCGUAGAAGCUUAUGACAUCCUCCUGGACAAAAAGAUCAUCAAGGCUUUUCAUGACUUUUCGGAAGAAUUGCCGUUUGCCGAUGGAGUUUUUUCUGUCGAAGGAAGGCACAAGUUACAUUCGAAACUCUGUGAACUUGGACGUACGGGCUUUGCUGCAAUAUUCACCAGUAAUCCUUUCGUCCUGACAAUUGGUUGUCUCAAUGGCAAACCAUACUUGAUUGACACUCAUCCUGUUACCCUGAGACCCGGGAGUGGUAACAGUUUGAUAAUGGUUGGAAAAGAAAACUCGUCGGAAGUUUGGAUGUCUCUCUGCUGUUGGCUUUGGAAGUGACUGUAGCACGGAGAUGUUAAGGCGGACACGGGCCAGUCACUAGCAGUUGUUACACCUAGGGCAGGGUUCGCGGACUCAGAGACGCAAAAAGAGCCUGUCAUACCUCAAGACAACGCAAGUGCGCACAUAAACAAGGAUAACAUCUCAUUUGCCGCUGAUCACCACAGGCUGUUCUCCGGUUCUAACAAACGCGCUUUACGCGAAGAUGGCAAGCCCGAGGUAACUUCUAUUGAUUUUGAUGAAAGCUCUGGUGCGUGUGAAACCCUCACUUCACGUGCCGUAAGCAACGAAACUGGAAGAAAAUGUCCUCGAAGAGAUUUCGCAUAUGAUGAAAGAGAGAAAUGGCCAGAGUUUCUCUCCUUGCACGGUGGUUGACGGCACAUCUGUGACCGGAAAACUUGACGUCACCGAUGUUAUCCAUAUAGAAGUAAAUGUGACCCCACAACGAACUCAUCUUCACCAGUUGAUGUUACCAUGACAACAACUAGUAAACGCCCCAUUGGACAGGCCAUGCAAACAGAUGAAGAUUCAAGUUCCAAAAUUAGUUUUCCUUCGCUACUUGCUGUUACUGGAAAUGAAUCAAGGAGGCGAUUAGAAAGAGAUGCCACUCAGCUUGAUCAGGGAGACAGUGACAUACUUCCCGUCGUUGAGUCAUCAUCGUCAGACAUGAAUAAAAGCGCACCUUCCAGUCAAAACUGCCCAAAGGUAGAUGCAGUCCACAUGAGGGAUUAUGACAACCCAGAGGAUGACGCUGGUUCCUUGAGAGGAGAAGCUUAUGGUCAUUUGCACGAUAAGAGAACAGUCGACAACCAUGCUCCGACAAAGAAGCGGCCCCGUGACGCCAGCCCUAAAGCCCAGUCCAGUGCAGUAAAGAGAUCGCUUUGGCAAACCAGUAAUAGAAUUCCUACUAACAGUAAUGUAAGUAUAAUAUAUCUCUGUGCCAUGCAGUCCAUAAGU